AUAAACAGAGAGAGGAAGGAACCAGCUAGCUGCACUUAAGUUUACUGAUGACAGCUUCUGGAGACGCCUUCCGCGUGAAUUUGACAAGGAAGCGUAAAUGAAAGUCGUACACCUUUACCUGAAGCGAACGGUACUUGAUUAAAGUCGGUGUGACAGCGAAUGUGGCUAUGGGUCUCUGCAAGUGUCCGAAGAGAAAGGUGACCAAUUUGUUCUGCUUUGAACAUCGUGUAAAUGUGUGCGAGCAUUGCCUGGUCUCCAACCACAACAAGUGCAUCGUGCAGUCAUAUUUGCAAUGGCUCCAGGACAGCGAUUACAACCCCAACUGUACUCUGUGUAAUAGUCCAUUGAAUGCUCAAGACACUGUUAGGCUGGUCUGCUACGAUGUGUUUCACUGGUCCUGUCUUAAUAACUUGGCCUCUCGGCUGCCCCUCCAUACGGCGCCAGCUGGAUACCAGUGUCCCACCUGUCAGAGUCCAGUGUUUCCCCCUUCCAACCUUGCCAGCCCAAUUGCUGAUGUGCUGAAAGAACAGCUGUCAUCUGUUAACUGGGCUAGAGCAGGUUUAGGGCUGCCGCUGAUUGAAGAGCCCGUUGGGGUCCUUGAGGAGACCACAACUAAUGAUGUCACUGAUUAUACUGACUGGUCAACAUUUGAUGCACAAGAACAAAGUAACAUUUACCCCAGCCACUCUUACAACACCAGCCUCAACCCACCAACAAAUCCUGUCCCACCCCCGGCACAGGAAGACCUCGGAGGUCCUCGUAAAAAUGGGGACCCAAAUAUGCAGGAGCACUCUGCGGUCAACUUCCCUAAUGACUCUACCCGUGACACAAUUACACUACACACAGCAUCGUCGCCAAGAAAGAUCUAUGACACGCGGGCCAUAGAUCACAGCUCUGUCACACAGAUUGACUUUGACGAUGACAAGUACCGACGACGGCCAGCGUUAAGUUGGUUUGCUCAAAUUCUAAAAAAUCGCACAGGUGGAAAGCGGACAUCUCUGUCCUGGAAACAGCGGGUCUUCAUGAUCCUCGUGGUAGGGGCUCUGGGAUUCUUCACGUUGAUAAUCAUCAUGGCUAAACUUGGACGUGCCUCCGCUGGCUCCGACCCAAAUUUAGAUCCUCUUCUUAACCCCCACAUUCGUGUGGGGAAAAACUGAUAAGCAUUGAUUCCUUCUUUACCUUCUGUGUUACACAAUGUAAGCCUGUGUAGAACGAGCUGAAAUGGGACUUUCUAAUACGUGGUUAGCCCAGCAGAGGGAGGCAUUUACUAAACUUGAGUGGAAAAGAGACACCGUACAUUUUGUUUAAGAAUGGAUGCAAUCUCUACGCAGUAGGAACAUGCCACGGCCCUUCACAGACCAUAACACAUCUCACUACAUUCACAACGUUUCCUGUGAUCCAAGCAAAGCAACCCGCAAACGGCAAGGGUGACCAAUACCAGGUGCAUAUAGAAGCAGGAUCCGGUUAUUGUUGCUCUGAACAGCUAAUGCUGAAGAGGGGUAGUAUUUAUAUUCACAAAUCCAACUCUGUUAUCAGUGAUCUUUGUAAGUUGAUUUUUUUUUUUUUAAAGUUCAGUAGAAACUAAAUAAUCGCUUCUGAUGUGGACAGAACAUCGUUAGCUGAAUGUAUGUGACCCACAGCCAAACGUUCGGUAACGUUGACACGUUUAUAGACUGACUCCACUCGCUGAUUUGAUUUGAGCGGCCGUUGAGUGUUUUCUCCCUUACAGAAGAUGUGGCCCUCACAACUGGAAUCACAGAAAAUGAAUACAUAACUAUUUAUGGGUGUCUGCAUUACUCCUGAAAUUGAGUGCAUUGCUUUUAGAUUUGCGAUACAUACUGUAUGUACAUUUUCCUGAAGUUUUUUUGUUCUGUCUAUUAAAUGGGAAUACUACAGAA